AUGAACAAAUUGACCGUUGAUGAGUUUUUGGGGUACUUGGCACCCUUCAACAAUAAGGAGACACUAACCCCUUUGGAAGCUUCCCAAUUGCUGUUAAAGAUCGCUGAACUUGUUCUUGACAACACUGUUGACAUAAAUCUUCUCAAGUUUUUAUGUCGAUUCUUAACUCAACAAUCAUACGACGAAUUGGUGGAAGAAAGGAACAUUGAGCAUCAGUGUGGGUAUCUUUUGUGUGAUAAUGCACCCAAGCAUCAAGUUCGGAGACUUUCACACCUGGGAGGCUGUAUGGAAACAGCCACCAGAUACCAGAUUUGGAACAGAAAGCCAUCCAUGAUUUUGCCGAACACAUAUCUUUCCCAAUACUGCUGUAAGGAACAUUAUCAAGCAUCGCUCUUUUACCGGAAUCAGCUUUCGCAAGAGGCCAUCUUCGCCCGAAAGAACAUUUUAACCACACCGCCUUUCCCGGCCAUGCUAGGGCCUUGGUAUGAAAACUCCAUAACAUGUUUGGAGGAAGUUUUAGCUAAGCAUAAGGAGUUGAGGGCGCAAGGAAAAACCUUGUCAGACGUUAUCACGAUGAUGAAUGGGUUAUCGGUUGCGGAUGGAGACAAUGACACUUCAGAUUUGGUGAAAUUAAUCCAAGACUUUGAGAUCAUUGAAAACGAAGGUGGUGUGCUUACGGAACUGGAAGAAUUUCCCCUUGAUAAGACCAAUGCUGCUAGACAGGUUGAAGGUUAUACAACCAUGGAACGAGGAUUGAAAGGACAUUCGCUGUGA